AAUUAGUAAAUCUCAAAAUUUCGAUUAUUUCUUCAUCGAUUCGAACGAAACGAUUUUCUUAAAGGACAGUUUGGAUUAUUUCAACAAAAACUUUAAUUUUAACGACGAUCGCGGCGAUGUUUCGGUAUCUGAAACUAGUACGAUUAAUAUAAAUUUGAAAAAUAUUUCUAAUGAAAUGAAAACUGGCAACGCUAGGCAGAGCUGUACUCUUUUGAUGACGUUAAUCGUCCAUAAUGACGAUCAUCUGUUAAAAUUAUUUUGGGAUUUUCACAUUUAUUUAUUCUCGAUUCUAUUUACUAUUUCUUCUAUUUAUUCUAUUAUAAAUAUGUUAUUGUUCUUAACAGUAUCGGAUAGUCGUUACCGAAAAUAUUUUUUCUUCUUAAAUUCAAUGCUCUUGAUGUCAUCGACAUUCAGAGUGAUAUUUUUACUGUACGAUUCUUACAAUUCGAAUAAUCUGAACUUAUUCAGAUAUUUUAUUUAUAAAACCGCUUAUCCGAGUAUUAGUUCGGGUUUUGGUUUAAUUUUUCUUAUUUAUUUUCAAUCCACCAACCUGAAAUUUCCACGUCCCUUCGCAGUUCUCUCCAUUAUAACUUUUCAUUUUCUCUUCUCCUUGACUUCUGAUAUUAUGUCUGGAUGGUUCGGGCGAUACAUAAUUUUAUUUAUGAUCUGUCAAAUAAUAUUCAUAACGUGGUCUAAUUAUUUAUCAUUCAUUUAUUUAUAUAAUUUUAGAGAACUGUUGAAAAUUGCCAUCAUCAAACACGGCGAAUAUUUGAGAUCGACUUUCACUCGUUCUCGUGUCAAUAAAACAAAUUUUGACAAGUUAAAUUAUUAUCUGGUGGUUAAAAUAUCUUUAAUAGUUUCCAUCUUAUUUAUUUUAAUAGCGAUUAUCAAUAUUUAUGGUGUUUCGGCUUUGGUUUUUAAUUUUAAAACUUGUUCGCCGUGGUCUCUGUGGUGUUAUCACACCGUAGAUAGAAGCUUGGAAGUUAUGAUUUGUCUAUGCUGUUGCUUUCUCGUAUAUAAAACUAGGCAUUUCUAUUAUAGAUAUUCAAUGUUUGGGCAUUUUUCUUGUUGCGACAGAAGCGCGCGAAACAGGAACCAAAAUCAAUGCCAAAUUUCAUCCUCAUUCGAGCAAUCUUCAGAGUUGUUCUCGGGCUCGGCGCCUGUUAAAAAUUCACCGGUUUCGCGCUCGAAGAUAUGUAAUCGCAAUUUCAUUACUACUAUUAAUGAAGAAUCGGAAAUAUGUGAGGAUAAAGGGCUGCAAGAGAAUAUGAUGUGUAUUUCUAAAUGGAACGAGUUCCUGUAUUCUUCUCCAGAAGCAAAGAGCGAAGAACAAGAUUCCAUUUUAGCGUGUGCAGGCUCGAAAACACCUUCGUUGGAAGAUUCCUAUUCACCAAUUUUUCGGUGUCAUUACGGUCGAAAGUCAAGCCCUUGCAGUUUUGCAACUACCGAUAACAGUGCCGAUACUUCAGAUCAGUUAACUCCUGCCAAACAGGCGGAAGGAAGAUUAGGUAGUAGCUGCAGUUCCGAAAGUGCUGGAAACAGUUUCGACGUGACACUCUUCAGAUUUUGGACAAGAGAACCGCAUCACGUGAACGGAUAUACUGUUUCUCCUCUACAGAAUCAUCCAUUUCGUUUAGAUUUACGUAAGGAUAUGGUAAGUGUCGCUUGUGGUACCGAAGACAUCACACCAGAUUCUGCCAUUAACGUCGACGUCGUUAUGGAAGAGAGACACGAAAUUAAUGCGGUGAAUAAAUGCCUAUCCGAAUGUGAUUUAAAUAAAAGUAUUAACAAAUAUGGACAAAGAAAAACUUUAAGUGACGGAAGUCACCGAAAGGUUUUCACAAACUUGAAAAGAAAUCUUUUAGAAGCUGAUUCAUCGAUCCUAACGUGAAAUAUAUUUUAUGUAUUAUGUAAAGAAUGUUUUAGUCAUCCUAUGUUACUGUUGUGAACAUUGAUAUGUAGUCAUAAAUUUCAUUAAAUGUUGUCAAUUCAUAUAAAUGUGCCCGUCAAUUUCUUGUUAGACACUGCUUCGUGAGGAAUGUUAACAAUUCAGAGAGCAAUAGAAAGUGCUACAUAACAAUAUCACACACUUUAGA